GUUCCGGCGCAGGACCAGGGGAGGCGAGGGCGGCAUGUCGGCGCUGGGGAGCCCUUUCCGCCCUUUGGGCGCCGACGAGGGCGAGGACGAGCCGCGGCCGGCCGAGAUCGAGUCCCUCUGCAUGGCCUGCCUGCGUCACGGGACGACGCGGCUGCUGCUGACGCGGAUCCCGUUCUUCCGGGAGGUGCUGGUGGGCUCCUUCGCCUGCCACUCCUGCGGCUGGGCCGACGCCGAGAUCCAGUCCGCCGGGCGCCUCCAGGACCGCGGCGUGCGCUACACCCUGGCCGUCCGCACCAGGCAGGAUUUGAAUAGGGAAGUGGUGAAGACUGACUGUGCCACAGCUAGAAUCCCAGAGCUAGAAUUUGAGAUCCCAGCUUUUUCCCAGAAGGGAGCACUUACCACGAUUGAAGGGAUAAUUGACAGAUCCGUAGCAGGAUUGGAGCAGGAUCAGCCAGUCCGCAAGGAAACUGAUCCAGAUGUGGCAAGAAAGAUAGAUGAAUUCAUCUUGAAGUUGAAGCACUUGAAAGAAGUGGACGAAGCCUUCACAUUCGUCCUAGACGACCCCUCUGGGAACAGCUUCGUGGAGAACCCUCGUGCCCCGCAGAGGGAUGAAGGCCUGGUGGUUGCCCAUUACAAGAGAUCCGCUGAGCAGGCUGCUAUGCUGGGGAUUGAGGAAGAGGAGGCUGAUGAGAAGUCAGUGGAGCCAGCGGAUGAUCUGAGGAACGAGGUACUGCAGUUUAACACCAACUGCCCGGAAUGCAAUGCUCCUGCCAAGACCAACAUGAAGCUGGUGCAGAUUCCCCACUUCAAAGAGGUUGUCAUCAUGGCCACAAACUGCGAGGAUUGUGGCCUCCGCACAAAUGAGGUGAAAUCUGGAGGGGCCAUAGAGCCUUUGGGGACGAAGAUCACCCUCCAUGUGACAGACCCCUCAGACAUGACGAGGGAUCUCCUGAAGUCAGAAACCUGCCGGGUGGAGAUUCCAGAGCUGGAGUUUGAGCUGGGCAUGGCAGCCCUGGGGGGCAAGUUCACGACGCUGGAAGGACUGCUGAAGGACAUCCAGACCUUGGUGGAGAAGAACCCCUUUACCCUGGGGGACAGCUGUGCUCCUGGCAGGGCAGAGAAGCUCAGUGUGUUCAGCAGGAAGCUGCAGCAGAUUUUGGAUGGGCAGCGGCGGGUACAUUUUGUGAUGGAUGACCCUGCAGGGAACAGUUACCUUCAGAAUGUGUAUGCCCCUGAGGAAGAUCCAGAACUGCGCACAGAGCACUACAAACGCAGCUUUGAGCAGAAUGAGGAGCUGGGCCUCAACGACAUGAAGACAGAGGACUAUGAGACAGAGGCCUCUUCUGAGCAGUAGCCUUGCUCCUGCCAGGCCAAGCCAGUGGUAGGGGAUAAGGAGAAGGCCUGGACUGACAGCCCCCUACUCAGGAUACAGCCUCCGCCUUGCCCAGGGAACAGCUGGUUGCGGGUUGUUUGCUUGGGAGCAGAGCACAACACAGCUCAGCAACUCAUUAAAGCUGAGAUGUUGCUCCACCUGAGACUGCUGCUAGGAGCGUUUCUUUCUUUUGUAUACAGAAAUGUCAGCCAUGGUCUGCGGAACUUUUUCCACAAGGUUGUCUGGCAACUGUUGGGUAUUCAGUGCUGGGUUUGGUCUUGGCUGUUGGACAGUGCAGAAGGGUGGCUGCAUGACAGUUACAGCCCCUUUCCCUUAUGCUGUGAAGCAAUAAAAAAUUACUCCUA